CCUUCUUAUUAUUAUUUCAUAGAUAGAACAGAGAAUCCAUCAAAACCAUCAUCAACGCUCUUUGUGAUUCUCUAUUUAUAUUCUUUCCCUUUCCCUCUUCUUUUUCGCAUUAUUGCUGCAAUGGAAUUCGCACACGAGAACGGUAAUGGCCACGCUUCAGUGAAGAGCAACAUAUGCUUGAAAGACCCUUUAAACUGGGGAAUGGCUGCAGAGUCUCUUAAGGGAAGCCAUCUCGAUGAGGUGAAGCGUAUGGUGAGUGAGUACCGUAAGCCCACCGUGAGAUUAGGUGGUGAGAGCCUCACCAUAGCUCAGGUGGCCGCAGUUGCUACACAUGAUGCCGGCGGUGUUACGGUGGAGCUCUCAGAAUCGGCGAGGGCCGGAGUCAAGGCGAGUAGCGAUUGGGUUAUGGAGAGUAUGAACAAAGGCACGGAUAGCUAUGGUGUCACUACUGGGUUUGGUGCAACUUCACAUAGGAGAACCAAACAAGGAGCUGCACUUCAGAAGGAGCUCAUCAGGUUCCUGAAUGCUGGAGUGUUUGGAAAUGGAACAGAGUCAAGCCACACAUUGCCCCACUCGGCCACAAGGGCAGCCAUGCUGGUUCGGAUCAACACCCUUCUCCAAGGCUACUCGGGUAUCCGGUUCGAAAUAAUGGAAGCCAUAACUAAGUUCCUAAACCACAACAUCACUCCAUGCUUGCCACUACGUGGGACCAUCACUGCAUCAGGAGAUCUCGUCCCUCUAUCUUACAUUGCAGGGCUCUUAACAGGCCGUCCCAACUCCAAAGCAAGGGGGCCAGAUGGGGAAUGGCUUGAUGCUUCCGAAGCCUUCCGUGCUGCUGAAAUCGAACGUACAGGAUUCUUCGAGUUAGAACCCAAGGAAGGUCUAGCCCUGGUCAAUGGUACCGCGGUGGGGUCCGGCCUUGCAUCUAUGGUCCUUUUCGAAGCUAACAUCUUAGCUGUCCUUGCAGAAGUCUUGUCAGCAAUAUUUGCGGAGGUGAUGCAAGGCAAACCGGAGUUUACGGACCAUCUCACACACAAACUAAAACAUCACCCGGGACAGAUCGAAGCAGCUGCCAUCAUGGAACACAUAUUGGACGGUAGCUCUUAUGUUAAAGCAGCAAAAAAGCUACACGAGAUGGACCCCUUACAGAAACCCAAACAAGACCGUUAUGCCCUCCGUACAUCACCACAGUGGUUGGGCCCACUGAUCGAAGUGAUCAGAAUGUCCACUAAGUCUAUCGAGCGUGAGAUCAACUCAGUAAACGACAACCCUUUGAUUGACGUGUCGAGGAAUAAGGCACUCCAUGGUGGCAAUUUUCAAGGGACCCCAAUAGGUGUAUCCAUGGAUAAUACCCGUUUAGCUAUCGGGUCAAUCGGAAAACUCAUGUUCGCCCAAUUCUCCGAGUUGGUUAACGAUUUCUACAACAAUGGUCUUCCCUCCAAUCUCUCCGGUGGCCGGAACCCUAGCUUGGACUACGGAUUCAAGGGUGCCGAGAUCGCCAUGGCUUCUUACUGCUCAGAGCUUCAAUUCCUGUCCAACCCAGUAACAAACCAUGUCCAGAGCGCAGAGCAGCACAACCAAGAUGUAAACUCCUUGGGUCUCAUCUCUUCCCGGAAAACGGCCGAAGCGGUGGAGAUCUUGAAGCUCAUGUCCUCCACAUUCUUGGUUGCGUUAUGCCAAGCCAUAGAUCUGAGGCAUUUGGAAGAGAACUUGAGGCAUACAGUGAAGAACACGGUGAGUCAAGUGGCGAAGAGGGUUUUAACCAUGGGAGUGAACGGAGAUCUUCACCCUUCAAGGUUCUGUGAGAAGGAUCUGCUCAAGGUGGUAGAUGGGGAAUAUGUGUUCGCUUACAUCGACGAUCCUUGCAGUGCCACUUACCCCUUAAUGCAGAAGCUGAGACAGGUACUAGUGGAGCACGCAUUGAGCAACGGCGAGAACGAGAAGAAUGCGAGCACUUCAAUCUUCCAGAAGAUCAGCGAUUUUGAAGAGGAAUUGAAGACGAUUCUGCCAAAAGAAGUGGAAGCGGCUAGAAGCGCUGUGGAGAGCGGGACCGCGGCGAUUCCGAAUGGGAUCGAAGAGUGUAGAUCGUACCCAUUGUAUAAGUUUGUGAGGGAGGAGCUGAAAACAGAGUUGCUCACAGGGGAGAAGGUAAAGUCUCCCGGAGAGGAUUGCGAUAAGCUUUUCACGGCGAUGUGUCAGGGCAAGAUUAUUGAUCCUCUACUUCAAUGUCUCCAGGACUGGAACGGAGCUCCUCUUCCAAUCUGCUAGAGUGAGCAUGGAAAUUUAUUUUCAGGGGAGAUUUACUACUAUUAAUCUACUGCUACUAUGAAAUAUUCAACUUUUUUUUUCCCAUUAAUUUCUCCACAAUUCUUCUUCAGUUUGUUAAAUCAUUUCCUCUGUGAUUUCUCGAACUCGAAGAUGAAGUUAGAAGAAAUCUUCUCAAGUCCCUUUCGUUUCCCUCUAUUUGUUUUUUUUUAUACUGUUUUGACGUACAACAUGAAAUGUAAUUAAUGUAUACAUUGCCGUUGUAUCAUCAAUUUUUGUCUUGG